GACAAAUUUAGAAAGUCAGAGCCAAAAAAAAACGAGCGAUUUUGGGGCCAUUUCGACCUUCACCUCCUAAUCUCCUCUUGAUUGGAUCUCCUUCUGUCCCGCAGCGUCCAAAAGCCGACGAUUACCUCUACCCCUACUUCGCCAAUUCAAGAUGGCGACUACUAAGAAACAAUAUGGGUCGACUUCCUUUGCGACCUUUCUCAUUAUUGGCCCGACUUGUUUCUUCCUAGGCAUCCUCUUCGCCUUCUUCCCCUACGACUACCCCCUCCUGUGGACCUCGGCGCCCAUUCCCGACGAGUACUACGGGCACGUGGAGACGCACGUCCGCUUCGUCUACGAGUCCCCCCCGCUCAUCGGGCGGCUGCUCUCGACGAUCAUCCUGGUGGGCUUCCUCGGCUUCUUCAUCAAGCUGUUCAACCCGUCCGAGGCGAACGUGCUCUUCGACGGCGCGAGCCUGAUCCUCUACAUGAUCGGCGUCGGCGUCUACCUGACCAACAUCGUCAAGGGGCUCCGCGCCGUGGGCAACGACAUUUGGAACCGCGACGACUGGCAGGAGAAGCGGCUCCUCGGGGACCUGAUGCUCGGCAAGGAGGACAGCCUGCGCGUCAUGGCCGCCAGCAACACCAUCCUCGCGCUCGUGCUCGUGGGGGUGCUCGUGCUCCAGGCGGGCCAGUGGUAUGCGGAGAGCAAGGAGAAGGAAGAGUGGGAGAAGAUGGAGGCGGAGGACCGUGAUCAGGCUGCCGCUGCCGCUGCCGCUGCUGCUGCUGCUGGUGCUGGUGCUGCUUCUGCGGGUACCGGGAAGGGGUCUGCUGGUUCUACUGCCACGAAGAAGAAGCAGUAAGAGGGUUCGUUCCUUCGCGUACCUGCGUUUGGGCCUUCUUUCGCCACUCGUCUGGUUGUUUUCCUGGAUUAGGUUAGAGGGGAGUUUGUUGGGACAGUUGCAUGAAGGGUGGUCUGGAAAAUGUGUGCACGACGAAGAGUAUCAUGGUACAUGGGGGAAUAGCACAUGCGUCGCAUUUUGCCCGGGUUGCAGGCGUGACAAUAUU